AUGGCUGUCAAAGACCAAACUCCCAAGCCGCUAUCGCUGUUACCUCCAAUCGACGCAAAUUACAAACCCAAAGUAUCGGUGACGACCCUCCCUUCCACGGCACCGAUCAGCGACGUCCUGUCGGUGUUGAAACGCGACGGGGGAGUGAUCUUGAAGGAUCUCGUAUCAGCCCAGGAGCUCAAAUCCAUCGAGACCGAAAUUGAACCCUGGAAAGAGCUGAAGCGGAGAGAUCCUGCAUCCGGUCCUGAUGCAUUUAACACUAUCCCUUCAUCGACGGUGUUAAUACCUGGGUUAGUGGGGAAGUCGCCGACCAUGGCGUCCAUCUGUGAGAACGAGACGCUCGAGCAACUCCGCGAGACCAUUCUGAAGGACGAUUUUGUCAACAAACGAGAGGAGCACGACGAGCGCAAUGUAAUCUCGCCUCUCUUGAGUCUGAGCAUUGCGAUGAAUAUCGGUUUUGGCGCCCCACGCCAGCGCCUGCACCGCGACGACGGGAUCCACGCGAUUCGUCAUGGCAAAGGUGAGUUUCGCCUCGACAGGGCCAGUCAAUUCGGGUGCUUGAUCGCCGGAUGCGAAGUCACCCGAGAGAACGGGGCGACCAUGUUUGUGCCGGGCAGUCAUAAAUGGGACGAUGAUCAUGCUUGCGCCACGCCAAAUGAAGUUUGUUUUGCCGAAAUGUCACCUGGUUCGGCGUUGAUCUUCCUGGCGUCUUGUUACCAUGGAGGCGGGCACAACAGUGUGCCCGAUUCACAGCGGACCAUGUAUUGUCUAUUUUUCAUCCGAGGCACCCUUCGAACCGAGGAAAACCAAUUCCUCGCCAUUCCUCGGAGCAAGGCAUUGAAGAUGAGUCCCAAAAUGCUGGAAUUGCUCGGGUACGCUAAACCGCCCACGACGGCGUUGGGGGUUGUUGACAACAUUGAUCCGGUGACUGAUAUUGAAGGUGUAUUGGAGCGAGCAAUGGCGUGA